CGGUGGAAUGACGGCGGUCACAUAAAUGCUUCAAAUUCAGUCCACGUACCUCAUCUGCAGGAGAAGUAAUUGUUAGGAUUUCUUUGAGCGUCGCAGAUCUGAUUUUAGGUUAAUCGUGCAACUCUAGGCACAAUUUUAGAUAAUUGAGAUGUUGAUGGAUGAGGCAAAACUCUUGCUAGGCUUUCCCACUAAUUCUUGCCCCAAUGCUUCUCAGGUCAAAGCUGCUUAUAGAAGGAAGGUAUGGGAGACUCAUCCUGAUUGCUUCCCAGUUCAUCUCAAACCUAACGCAGAACUCAAAUUUAAGAUGAUUUCAGAAGCAUACACUUGCCUGCUUUCUGGUGCAAGACAAGAAGGUGAACAUGUAGUUGGAUAUUCGCGUGUUGUAAGAAGUGGUGUUCCUAGAGGAGGAGGAGGGAGGAGAAACCAUGCACUGAUUGGGCUUCCCUUUCUUUUUAUUAUUUUGGGAACUGCAGCAUUGGGAGGAAUGAAUGUUGCCAGGUCCUACAGAAAACAGAAGGCAGAUUAUCCUUCUCAUAAUCCUUUUCUCCCUUGAUUAUUCAUAAAACAUUUGUGUAUAGAUACGGUAUGUAUGAAGUUAGUCCUCCAUGAAAUAUAACAUUUAUGUAAUUUUGAAGUUGUUCAUUAUGUAAAAUUAGACUAUAGUUUAGGUCAUGGAAGUCCACUUUUGACUCCAUUGAAGCAAUGAUCCCCUUAAUUGGUGUUGUAAUAUUUUCUUGAACACAACUGUUGCACAUUUGGUAAUUGAAAUUCCUAGCCUCCCUUGUUCUAAA